AUGUCCAAACAAUCUUCCCAACGACUGCCCGCACCCUCCCUCUUCGUAGGACCUCCCUCACAUAACGCCAGUAAUGCCUCUCUCGCCCGCGCAAACACGGAUACCUCGCAAUCCUCACGCAACAUACCUUCGUCCGCUAUACCCGGCCCUGCUUCGCCAUCCGUGCAAGCAAACCUGAGCAGAUCCAACACAGGCCUAUCACGGCAAAACACAAACCUAUCACGGCAAAAUACCAGAGAUGCAUUGAAGUCAAGACGCCAGCGACCACGCCGCGGCACCGCAGUCCUAGACGCACACUGGGCAGCCCUGCAAUCCACAUUAUCCGACAUCGAGCUCAGCGCAGGGUCAUCCGCCCACGUCUUCGGCACCGGCCACGCAGAAGCACUAGAAGAGUUGCGAGCAGCUCAAGUAGAAUUAGCGCGCGCUUGGGGCCAAACAGACGCUGAAGAUGCAUCCACAUCACCGUCUUCCCCAACCAAAACCAAAGAGACACAACAGCAGCAGCAGCAGCAGCAAAACACACACAAAGAGCAAGAAAAAGCCGCAGAGCAGAAUGAGAGAAAACUGUCUACAGCAACAACGCUAGACCUCACCGCUUGA